AUGUCGGAGACCGCUCCCGCCGCCGCUCCCGCUGUCGCGGCCCCCGCCGCCAAGGCGGCCGCCAAGAAGCCGAAGAAGGCGGCGAGCGGCUCCAAAGCCCGCAAGCCCGCGGGGCCCAGCGUCACCGAGCUGAUCACCAAGGCCGUGUCCGCCUCCAAGGAGCGCAAGGGGCUCUCCCUCGCCGCGCUCAAGAAGGCGCUGGCCGCCGGCGGCUACGAUGUGGAGAAGAACAACAGCCGCAUCAAGCUGGGGCUCAAGAGCCUCGUCAGCAAGGGCACCCUGGUGCAGACCAAGGGCACCGGCGCCUCCGGCUCCUUCCGUCUCAGCAAGAAACCCGGGGAAGUGAAAGAAAAAGCCCCGAAGAAGAGAACUGCUGCAGCCAAGCCCAAGAAGCCGGCGGCGAAGAAACCCGCCAGCGCCGCCAAAAAGCCGAAGAAGGCGGCAGCGGUGAAGAAGAGCCCCAAAAAAGCCAAGAAGCCGGCGGCCGCCGCAGCCAAGAAGGCAGCGAAGAGCCCCAAGAAGGCAACAAAAGCCGCCAAGCCCAAAAAAGCGGCGGCAGCAGCGAAGAGCCCGGCUAAGGCGAAAGCGGUGAAGCCCAAAGCAGCUAAGCCUAAGGCGGCCAAGCCGAAAGCAGCCAAGGCAAAGAAGGCAGCACCGAAGAAAUGAAGUGUUGAAGUGGAAAUACUUUUAAACCCAACGGCUCUUUUAAGAGCCACCCACUAUUGUCCCCAAAAGGGCUGAUACACUCCGUCACUGAGCUCCGUGCCUGCAGCAGAGCCAACUAUUCGCCACUAUCCGUGUGGGACGUUCGUCUGUGGAGUGGAUGGGACGCUAAACUUACGGCCGUGGUUUUACACUAAGACUUGGAAAAAUAAAAGUUUACAUUCCCGGCGAAAA